AUGACACUUCAAAGGAGAAAAGAUUAUUACACAAGAGAAGAUUGUAAGAAAGACAUUAGUUGCAACCAUACGUUUAUUGUGGAAAAGGAUGUCCAUGCAGGAAGUCGGUGUUUUGUGUGCUCUGAAUGUGGAAAAUAUGUUACCAAAUUUUUUUGGUUUCAUUAUCAACAGCGACGUGACACUGGAGAAAGGCCUUAUCAGUGCAGUGAAUGUGGGAAAACUUUUACCACUAAGACCCACCUUCGUAGUCAUCAGAGAGUUCAUACUGGAGAAAAGCCUUAUAAAUGCAGUGAAUGUGGGAAAUCUUUUACUGCUAGCGCUACGCUUCAAUAUCAUCAGAGAAUUCACACUGGAGAAAAGCCUUAUAAAUGCAGUGAAUGUGGGAAGUCUUUUACCACUAACACCAACCUUCGAAGUCAUCAGAGAGUUCAUACAGGAAAAAAGCCUUAUAAAUGCAUUGAAUGUGGGAAACCUUUUACCACUAAGGCCCACCUUUAUAGUCAUCAGAGAGUUCAUACAGGAGAAAAGCCUUAUAAUUGCAGUGAAUGUGGGAAAUCUUUUACCACAUGCACUGAUCUUUGUCGUCAUUUGAGAGUGCACACUGGAGAAAAGCCUUUUGUGUGUAGUGACUGUGGAAAAUCUUUUAAAGGUAGCACUGGUCUCCAAUAUCAUCAGAGAGUGCACACUGGAGAAAGACCUUAUCACUGCAGUGAAUGUGGGAAGUCUUUUAUCACUAGCACUGAACUUCAUUGUCAUCAGAGAGUUCACACUGGAGAAAGGCCUUAUGUGUGCAGUGAAUGUGGAAAAUCUUUUACAACUAGCUCUCACCUUCAUUAUCAUAAGAGAGUUCACACUGGAGAAAAGCCUCAUAAAUGCAGUGAAUGUGGAAAGUCUUUUACAACUAGCACUACUCUCCAAUAUCAUCAGAGAGUUCACACAGGAGAAAAGCCUUAUCAAUGCAGUGAAUGUGGGAAGUCUUUUAACACUAGAACUGAACUUCAUUGUCAUCAGAGAGUUCACACUGGAGAAAGGCCUUAUGAGUGCAGUGAAUGUGGAAAGUCUUUUACAACUAACUCUAACCUUCAUAGUCAUCAGAAAGUUCACACUGGAGUAAGGCCAUAUAAAUGCAGUGAAUGUGGAAAAUCAUUUACAACUAGCUGUCACCUUCAUUAUCAUAAGAGAGUUCAUACAGGUGAAAAGCCUUAUCAAUGCAGUGAAUGUGAGAAAACUUUUACCAAUAACUCUAAUCUUCGCAGUCAUCAGAGAGUUCACACUGGAGAAAAGCCUUAUCAAUGCAGUGAAUGUGGAAAAUCUUUUACCACUAGCACCCACCUUCGUAGUCAUCAGAGAGUUCAUACAGGAGAGAAGCCUUAUAAAUGCAGUGAUUGUGGGAAAUCUUUUAGAAGUAGCAAAGGUCUUCAAUAUCAUCAGAGAGCUCACACUGGAGAAAGCCGCUCUGAGUGCAAUUAAUGUGAUACAUUUCUCAGCUAAAUUUGUAAAUUCUCUGUACA